GGUGCAGCAAGUCCGCGCUGGCAGCUGACGCAUGCGCACAGUUAAUAGCGCUAGGUUCGGCUCCCGGUUUUCAGCUAGUGGCGCGGAUUGGACUCACGGGCGGGGCGUAAUGGUAGUGGGCACGGGCACGUCGCUGGCGCUGUCUUCUCUCCUGUCCCUGCUGCUCUUCGCCGGGAUGCAGAUGUACAGCCGCCAGCUGGCCUCCACCGAGUGGCUGACCAUCCAGGGGGGGCUGCUUGGCUCUGGCCUCUUCGUCUUCUCUCUUACUGCCUUCAAUAAUCUGGAGAAUCUUGUUUUUGGCAAAGGAUUCCAAGCAAAGAUUUUCCCUGAGAGUAAGUGA